AUGACAAGGUGUGGUCGGCAGUCCUUGAAUGUGCUGAUGGUUCUGCUUUCAUUACUCUUGUCAGCAGUGUUGUCUGCACAUUUUCGGGUCUGUGAGCCAUAUACGGACUACAAAGGUCGCUAUCACUUUGGUUUUCACUGCCCCCGUCUUUCUGACAAUAAAUCCUACAUCUUUUGCUGUCACCAUAACAACACAGUAUUUAAAUACUGCUGCAAUGAGACAGAAUUUCAGACUGUUAUGCAGAUGAACUUAACAGGGAACGCAGAUGGAUAUAUGCAUAACAACUACAGUGCACUGUUAGGAGUGUGGAUCUAUGGCUUUUUUGUGGUGAUCUUGCUGGUACUGGACCUUUUGUAUUAUUCGUCAAUGAACUAUGAUAUUUGCAAAUUUUACCUGGCACGGUGGGGAAUCCAGGGAAAGUGGAUGACACAGGGCCAGAGCCGAUGGAUUAACCCUGCUCAGGAUCCAGGCCAAGUACAGGCACAGCCUCGGCCAGAGACACAGCCUCAAACCCCGCCGCAGCCUCAGACAUCACAGACAGUGCACACGUUAAAAGGAGAUGCUUUAAGCCCACCCCUGAUGUCUUUUCAGAGUACAUCUGCCUGGGCUGCUGGCUGCAGAGGGCGGUUUGUCAGCCUGGUACCCGAGCUCUGCUUGCCAACAGAGAGUGCGAAAGCUUUCCUUGCACCCCCAGCACGACCAGCUCGGAAGGCGUCGCAGCAGAACCGCGACAGGCGCAGAGGAGCGCGGGGCUGCGUACAUCGGCCUAACAGAACUUCAUGCCAGAGCGAGAGCCGGACAUCUGCAGCGACCCUUGGCUUUGUUGUCUUGAGGUGUGGAGGGGCUGCGGUGACUGAUGGCUCACUCAGCAAGAGGCCCUGGAACGGUGAACGCAGCAACCGUUCACUUCAUUUGCCAGAAAAUGACAAAAGUCUGAAAAAAACCCUUGCCUCCAGAGGCUCUGAGUCAUUCCUUCGUUACCAAUGGAUGUCAUUCUUCCCAGCGGCACGAAGCCGCCGCGCGAAGCCACUGCUGUCCUGCGCGAGCGAGCAGGGGCGAGCUGAGCCGCCUCCGCAGCACACGCUUCAGCUCGCAGUGCGUUUACAUCUGGGAGCAGGGACCGGAAGCGACAAAUGCGGGGUUUCUGUUGCCGGGCACGCUGGGCUGGGAGGCCGGGAUGCCGUGCUCUGGCUCACUGCACGUGGAAAUCAGCGAUCGUCUGUCCGAGGAAAACGCAAGUGUUGUCAGCGAUCCCACCACGGCAGAACGCUCUGGAGCAGCACCUCUCAGCCUCACCGGUCCCGCCGUCCAUCAGUCAAUGACGCACCCUGCUUCACUUCUCACGAGAGGAAGAGGAGCUGUUAG